AAGUAAAAUGUCUCUCUAUAAAUCAAGGCUAAAAGAAAUUGAAAAUAUUCUGGGUGAAAAGGAUAUUGACAAGAAAGCAUUAUGCAGUUUCAUUCAUAAUGGUAUACCUGAGUGUAAGAAAUACAGGCCGAUAUGUUGGAAGAUUUUGUUUAAUUAUUUGCCACUCCAAAAAAAUCGUUGGGAACAUCACCUUUUAAGACAAAGAAACAAUUACAAGAAUCUCAUUAUGGAGUUUGUAAUUCCUCCGGGAAUUAAAGAUGUUGAUUUAUCUGUUGAUCAUCCUUUAAGUGAUGGCCCUGAUUCUACAUGGAGCACUUUCUUCAAGGAAAAUGAGACUUUUCUUCUUCAAAUAGAUCGAGAUGUUCGAAGACUUCUUCCCGAUAUUUCAUUUUUCCAAGAGCCAACGAAGUUUCCUUGUGAAAUAGUUGUAAACAGUGAUAGUGAUAUACGCCUCCAUUCUAGGGUUGCCCCAAAACAACUUAGUUAUGCAAAUGUUGAACGAAAGGGACUUGGAAUAACAAAGAUAAAUCUCAUAUUGAAACGUGCAGCUGAGAGUUACAGUGCUAUGGAGAAAGGAAAGGAAGCAAACUGGGAAGUCGUUGAGAGAAUUCUUUUCAUUUAUGCAAAAUUAAAUCCAGGUCAAGGUUACGUUCAAGGAAUGAAUGAAAUUAUCGGUCCAAUAUAUUAUGUAUUUGCUUCCAACGAAGACCAUGCAGAAUAUGCGGAAGCUGAUUGCUUUUGGUGUUUUACAGCUUUGAUGAGUGAAAUACGAGAUUUUUUUAUAAAAUCCUUAGACGAGUCCGAAAAUGGGAUCAGGGGAAUGAUGAACAAAUUGUCGAAACUUUUAGAAGAAAAAGACAUUCAUGUUUACAAAAGACUUCAGGAACAGGGCAUUUUUCCCCAGUAUUACAGUUUUCGAUGGCUCACCUUACUUUUAAGUCAGGAAUUUCCUUUGCCUGAUGUACUGAGAUUGUGGGACUCAAUUCUAGCUGAUGAAAAUAGAUUCGAAUAUCUCAUAUACAUAUGCUGUGCUAUGAUAAUCAUUAUUCGUGAUCAACUACUUGAAAAUGAUUUCGAGCAUAAUGUCAAAAUACUUCAAAACUUUCCUUCUAUAGAUGUAAAUUUUGUGCUACAACGUGCAAUCCAAUUACGAGAAUCAUAGCAAGUUGCUUUUCUCGAUAAUCAGCGGUUUCACAAAAAUUUAAAUUCUUAGAAGAGAAACGUUAAUUUUCGUUUAACACAAAAGUCUUAAUGAUUUACAAGAAUAUCAUAACGUUAUCGUGACUCAGCCUUGUCAACAACACAAUCAACUGAGGCGUAAAAUAUUAAUUAAAUGAGCUCUUUGUAUUUCUAAGUAGAAUGAUUUAAUUGAAAACUCUUGAGAAACUUUUUAUAUUAAUUUUUCUAUGAUAAAUAUCUCGCUAUUACCAACAUAAUAGAAUACCGAAAACUUUAUUUUCUUUUGAAAUUCAGUUUAUUACUUAACUACAAAAUAUUCAAAGUCAAAAGAUUAAACUCAAACCUUAUAAAAGUCAAAAAAUCAAAACUCUAUUUUUCAGAAUGAUUUGAAUGAAGUGGAAUGAAAACUCGACAAACCUGAAGAAAACAUAAAUUUUACACACAUUUUUGACAGCAGUACAAAAGUUUAAGCUGCUUUCUCAGUACUUAGUUCAAUUAUCCUUCGUUUCUAGUUUUAAACGAAACAUGCUUGGAUGAUAAACGAGAAACAAUUAAUUAAACUUAUACAUGUAAAAAACAAAACGAAUUAAUUUCUAAUAUUUACCAAUAAAACAAUUUUAAAACUCAGUUCACAAAUCGACUUUA